AUGGAGACCAUGACCUUCCCCCGCUACAGCCCCGACGACAUCAUCAGCUACCUCCGCUCGCACAUCCUGGAGGGCGCCGAGGCCCGGAACCUGGUCAAGGGCGACGUGUUCGGCAACCCCAGGCUUGACAUGUUAAACCUGAUUUACCUGAGAGUCCUGGAGAAAGUGUGUGGGAUCCAACUGGAGGGCCUCUACAUGAUGCCACUCAACGUUGAUAUAAUGUACCCAGAGAUCUAUGAAGGCUUUCUACCUUUCUGCAACUUGUAUAUUCAUAUGGAGCACUUGCUGCCGAUGUGCCGGAUUAGUGACUUUCAAAUCACUGAUGUUUUAAGACCAAAGACAAAGAGGACUGUUCGCUUCUUGAGUGGCAUCCUCAACUUUGUGAACUUCAUGGAAUUCCAGCAUGAGGCCUACCUGGGGCUACAGCUGAGCUAUAAAUCAGCUAUGGAGAGAGUCCAACACCUGGAGACUGUGAAUCGGGAGGCAGUGCUGAAGCUGGAGAAACUGAACACGGUCCCAGUUGAACAUGAGGCAGAGAUCAAGCAGCUCACAGAGAACAUUCGGGAGCUGGAGCAGCUGCUAAGGCAGGACUAUCGUCGGAAACAAACAGCUUUGCAAGAAGUGAUUUCUCAAAAGAAGGCGGAUAUUGCAGAGAGAACCCAAAAACUGAACGAGUAUAAAGUGUCUAUGACUGCUUUAAAAGAAGAACAAGAGCAGCUGAAAUCCAAAAUUGUGGACAGUCCAGAAGAAUGGAAAAAUUACAACGAGCUGAUGAAAGAGACUAUUAGGAAAUUGAAGAGGUCUAAGCAAGAAGUUAUUGAAAAUUAUGAAGGUUAUAGAGAUGUACUUGAGGUUCUGCCAUCAUGCCAAGUAGAAUUGCAAUUGUACCAAAAGAAAAUGGAAAUACAGGGAGAAAACGUGGAGAGACUGGCCAGUGUAUCGUCAGAGGCCAGAAAUCUGGAGCACCAGCUUGAGAGUGCUCAGGUAGAGCUGAAAAAGGCCAAGACAGAUGAAAUGUCCCAAAAGAGAGCAUUCACUGUGAAACAGGAGAAGUUUGCUACAGCUGAGAUCCAUCUGAAAAAGAUCCGUGAAGAUAUUGAGCAGCACAAGUGCACAGUGCUCGAACAUUUUAGCAAAGUCCAGGAGAAGAGGGAAGCUGUAUAUGACAAAGUUAUGGCCAUUCACAAGGAAAUCAAACAGAAGAAGAGCAAAAUUGAGCAACUGAAGGAUGACGCUGAAGAAAAAGCAGCAAAGGCCAAGGAAAUACACCUGAAUUUGAAGGCUGUAUUGGACAAGUGUCAUGAAUCUCUCCUUAAGGCAGUAAAGACUUCUGCAGCCUCAAGAGCAGAAAAAUUUGAUGAAAUUAGGGGAGGGCUGUUCAGCAUUCAGUCUUCUGGAAGUACUUCUUAAGCCUGUCUGAACUUGUGUUCCACUUUCACUGUGUCUGUGCUCAUACCUGAGCUCAAAAGCUUCUGCUUUGCAUGGGAGGGAUGAUAAUUCCAGGCAAAUCCAGCUUUCUCAAAAACCAUGUCAGAACACAUUUAGCUUUCCAGGCUAAUCCUGGUGUCAUGAGCUUGCUGAUAUGGAUAAGAAAAUGCUCAGUUUCUGUUGUUUCAGUCAGCACCUGGUCUUGGGGGUAAUACUGCAAGUCUUGCUAACACCAAACUGCUCAACAUUUUAGACAGAGCCCUGCCUCUGCAAACUUUAAUCUGGGAACACCUGGAGCCUUGAUCUGGCUUGAGUGUUCAAUAUAAGUCUGUAACAGGUGAUGUUCCACCACCAUUAUAAAAUUAAGGUGAAAUCCUGAGAGAGAAGUAACAUCUAUCUAAAUGCCAAAUUACUGUCAUCGUAAAUAUCUGUAAACACUCAGAAGUGUCACUUUAAUAUCACUUUAGUUAACAGUACACUCCCUCUCAAUGGUUGAAAUCAUUGUGUCUGCUUUGUGGGGUACUGAACUCUCCUCUGUGUUCAUUGGUCUGUGUUAGGAUGCUCUUAAAAACUAUAGAUUGAUGUUUUGUACCUUAACUUGUGAUGGUGCUUGGUGUGCCACAGUGGUUUUCGUUAUUUGGAAAAUUGAAAUGUUAAUUUUUGCACUAGUUGAUAUAAAGAUAUUUAACCCUU